GAGUCUCCUGACAGUCUACUUUGAUUCGCUUUGAAGAUGGAGUCUCUUUUGAAAGAUCUCAAGAAGCAAGUUACUUGCUCAAUCUGUCUUGAUACUUACACCGAACCUAAAACUAUUUCAUGUCUUCACACGUUUUGUUGCAAGUGUUUAGAGAAGCAUGCGAUAAUGAGCCAGAGGCAAGGAAAAUUCCGAUGCCCGGAGUGUCACGCGGAAAUCGAUUUACCAGAAGGAAACCGCUUCGACCAUUUGCCCAUCAGUUUUUUCCACAAAAGUUUGUCGAGUCUCCUCGCCGUUCGACAAAGUGGUAAUGCAAGUAGCAUUGCUUGUUCCCAUUGCAGAAAAACCAACUCUCAGAUGUACUAUUGCUUUGAUUGCGGACGAUUCAUGUGCCUGGAUUGUUUCAAUGCGCAUCAACUGCUGAUUGCAACGUUUGAGGGACACAAAGUCACGCCAGUUGAAGACUUUAAAGAAGAGGAUUACGAAGCACUACUGAAGCGACAGCCAUUUUGCUCACAACAGUUCCACGAGAAAGAAGUCACACGGUUCUUUUGCUCGCAGUGUCAAGUUUGCAUUUGUCCAAUCUGCAUUGUCACGGAUCAUCAAAACCACAUCGCCGUUUUGUUCGACAAAGCAGCACACGACGAAAAAGAAAACAUCAUGUCUGGCGUUAAGAUCAUCAAGGAAAAAGAAACCCAACUUUGUCAAGUCAUCAAGGAGUUCGAAGAAACGAUUUCUGAGCUUGAUAGAAAUUUCGCAACAGCCAAGCGAGAAGUCUCGCGAACAGCCGAACAAAUGAUAGCAAACAUUCGACAGCGCGAGCGAGAAGCGAUUGUAUCCCUGGAAACAACACGCAUGUCGAGACUUGAGAAGAUUAACGCGGCUAAACAGGAAGUAAAAUCCCUAGUAAAACAAAUAAGCCAAGCAGCUGAGUUUGCGGAGAAUCUGGUGCAGAGAAGCUCAAGCUCGGAUAUAAUGCAGAACAAAGAAGCUUUGAGGCAGAGAUUUCAAGAGCUUCGUGGGGUUGAAGUUCCAAAACAUCACCAGACUACAUUUGCCAAAUUUAACGCGGCAUCCCAACAAGACUUGAAACUGGGUUUUAUUCAACUCGCAGCUAAAUCAACUGUAGAAGGACUGGACCAAACUUUCCAAGCUGGUGUAGAAGCAGAGUUUACCUUGUGUCCACACACAACAGAAGGAGAGAUUAACAACCUGGCCGAUCUUAACGAUCAAGUUGAAUUGCUGAUAAAACCCAUCAAAGAUGCCACAAACGUAACUGUUCACGAAAAAGGAGACGGCAAUCUUACGGUGAAGUUUACACCUAAAGUGCCUGGCGCCUACAGCGUUGAGGUGAAGAUUAAUGGCGAAAAGCUUUCUACCUCUCCGUUCCCUUUGGCAGUGAAAGAACGUCAACUUGUCGUAGUUGGUGAGUUGGACUUGAAGUUCAACCAAGGGCAGGAGUUCAAGCGACAAACUGGAAUCGCUGUAAACACGCAAGGCGACAUAGCUGUUGUAGAUAAUCUUGGACACUGUGUUUUUGUAUUCAAUAAAGAAGGGAACUGUUCAAAACAAAUUGGAAAAGAAGGAACACAUCCUGGACAAUUUAAAUAUCCAUAUGAUGUGUUAUUUUUAAACAACAACGAAUUACUAAUUGCAGAUCAAGCAAAUAAUAGAAUCCAACAUAUAAAUAUCCAGACAGGAUCUGUUGUAAAAACCUUUGGAAAAAAAGGUGAGGGAAAAGGACACUUCAAGAAUCCACUUCGUAUUUGCUUUGACGAUACAGAACGUAUUGUUGUCAGUGAAUUCUCUAACAAUAGAGUUCAAGUAAUGUCAAAAGAGGGCGAAGCUCUAUUCACAAUAGGAGACAGUGGUCCAGAGAAACUCAGCACACCAUACAGCUGCGUCCCUUACAAAAACAUUUUCCUGGUAACUGAAAGAGACAAUCACGUCAUAAAAGCAUUUGAUGCGUCAAACACUUUCCUGUACAAGUUUGGCGAAAAAGGGAAUCAAGAUGGACAGUUCAACUCACCCCGUGGCAUGUGUUUAGACAGCUCUUAUAACCUUCUUGUUUGUGACUAUUUCAAUAACAGAGUUCAGCAAUUUUCUUUGGACGGUCGCUUUACGGGCAAAACUACCGUUCCUUUACAAAGUCCAUUUCAAAUUAUAACAGCGCCAGAUGGGCGUAUACUAGUCACAAGCCUUGUAGCUAAGAAAAUAUAUAUACUGAAGUGAAUGUGUUACUAUUCUACGAAUCAUUCAAAUGCUGCAUGUAUGCCAGCAGAAACUAAAGUCGAAUCAUUCAUAUUUUAAAGCAAAUUUCUCACACA